AUGGACGCGUCAAAUGAGCAGACCACGGAGAGAACCGAUCUCCAACGACCAUUGGUGGACCAAAAACCACCGCCCUCGGACGUCGGACUCGAGAGCAUUUUAACGGAGAAUAGCCUUCCGUACCCGAGGCGCGUGUACUUAGGCGCAUGUAUAGAACUGAAAAUACUUCUCAGGUUAGCACUUCCGGCGAUACUUGUCUAUAUAGUCAACAGUGGAAUGAGUAUCUCUGCUCGAAUCUUCGCCGGACAUAUCGGAAGCCACGAACUCGCCGCUGCUUCCAUCGGAAAUAGCUGCUUUAGUCUCGUCUAUGGCCUCAUGUUAGGCAUGGGAAGUGCAGUCGAGACUCUAUGUGGACAAGCAUAUGGAGCUCACCGCUACAACAUGCUUGGAAUCUAUUUCCAAAGAGCAACUAUUGUCCUCGCUCUAGUCGGUUUGCCCAUGACAGUACUAUACACCUUCUCGUACCCGGUUCUACUUGUGUUAGGUGAGCCCAAAAUGGUCUCGUUCAUGGGUUCCUUGUACAUCGUCGGGCUUAUGCCUCAGAUCUUCGCUUACGCCGUCAACUUCACGGCUCAAAAGUUCCUCCAGGCCCAAAGCGUGGUCACCCCCAGUGCGUACAUCUCAGCCGCAGCCCUCUUCCUCCAGAUCUCGCUAACGUGGAUGACCGUUAACAUGAUGGGCUUAGGUCUUAUGGGCAUCGCUUAUGCUCUGACUAUCUCUUGGUGGGUCAUAGUUGUGGCCCAGAUUUUGUAUAUUACGAGUAGUCAAAGGUUUAGACACACAUGGACUGGUCUUAGUUGGAGAUCGUUUCAUGGUCUUUGGAGUUUUUUCAAACUCUCUGUUGGUUCUGCUGUUAUGAUCUGUCUCGAGAUGUGGUAUUCGCAGAUUCUUGUUCUUCUCGCUGGUCUGCUUAAAGAACCUGCUCUCUCUCUAGAUUCUCUAUCCAUAUGCAUGUCAGUUUCAGCUUUAUCCUUCAUGGUCUCCGUAGGCUUCAACGCAGCUGCAAGCAUACGGACAAGUAAUGAGCUUGGAGCAGGUAAUCCAAAAUCGGCUUUGUUCUCUGCAUGGACGGCGACUUUUGUUUCCUUCGUGAUCUCUCUCGCAGAGGCCCUUGCCGUGAUAGCUUCACGUGAUUACAUUAGCUAUAUUUUCACGUCGGAGGCUGAUGUGGCUAAAGCCGUCUCUGACCUCUGCCCUUUUCUCGCCGUCACCAUCAUUCUCAACGGAAUCCAGCCAGUCUUGUCCGGAGUGGCAGUAGGAUGUGGAUGGCAAACAUUCGUUGCAUAUGUAAAUGUUGGUUGUUACUAUAUUAUUGGUAUUCCUGUUGGCUGUAUACUCGGCUUCGCUUUCAAUUUUCAAGCCAAGGGGAUAUGGACCGGGAUGAUUGGAGGUACCCUUAUGCAAACCCUCAUUUUACUGUACGUCACGUACCGAACAGAUUGGGAUAAAGAGGUGGAAAAAGCGAGAAAGCGAUUGGAUAUGUGGGACGAUAAAUAAUCUCUUCAAAAUUAAACGAGUAAUGGAUUUCAUGAAAAAUGAAUUGAUGUGAUCAAACAGAAACUUAAAGGAUGCAAAGAUGAAAGAAGAGGAAAGAACAAAAGACGAAAGGUGCCGAAAUCUCACUGCUUAGUAAGGACAAUGCUGUCCAGCUAACUACAACCAUAAAAUCUUGGUAGAUUAUACAACGUGAAAUUCAUUUUUAUGUUUUCCGGCAAGUUUGAAUUUUUUUGUCCACAUAGUCAUUCUUUUUCAAUUGAUAAUUUUGGCCG